GUUUGGAGUGAGUGAGCGGGGCAGGCAGAGUGAGCUCCAUCUCUCUCUCUUAGAAGGGCUAUCACACAUGAACAGGACAACUUUAGUUUGGAUCUAAGCUUACCGUCACUGAAGAUGACUUCACGCAUUCCUCCCUGGUUCUUUGGAAUAUUUCUGCUAGUGCUCCGGUUCUGCUGCCAUCGCUCCUCCGCUCAGCUUUUGGAAGAUCAUCGUUUUCCGGGAACGUUAGACCUGACAGAGUUGAUCGGCGUCCCCCUGCCUCCCUCUGUUUUCUUCGUCGCGGGCUUUGAGGGUUACCCCGCCUACAGCUUCGGCCCCGACGCCAACGUGGGCCGCCUCACCAAGUCCUUCAUCCCCGACCCCUUCUACUACGACUUCGCCGUCAGGGUCAUCGCUAAACCCACCACACGGCAAGGGGGGAUGCUGUUCGCCAUCACAGACGCCUCCCAAAAAAUUGUACACUUAGGUCUCGCGUUGUCGGAGGUGGAGGAUGGCUCCCAGAGAGUCGUUCUGUACUACACGGACCCCGGAACAGGGGGGACGCAGGAAGCGGCUUCCUUCAAAAUGGGAGACAUGACGGAACGAUGGGCGAGCUUUUCCCUCACCGUACAGGGGGCAGAGGUGCGUCUCUACAUGGACUGUGAGGAGUAUCAUCGAGUGGCCUUCAGCAGGAGCCCCCAGCCUCUCACCUUUGAGCCCAGCUCGGGAAUGUUCAUCGGGAACGCUGGGGGGACGGGUCUGCAGAGGUUUGUGGGCUCCAUCCAGCAGCUGGUGCUGACGUCAGAUCUCAAGGUCCCAGAUGACCAGUGUGAGGAGGACGAUCCCUAUGCCUCUGAGUAUGGGAGCGGUGACGAUGCUUAUGACGACUUGAAGGGAAGAGACGAAGUGAAGAAGAUUGUGAACACCAUGCCCCUCCCAGAGCUGGACCCCUCGUACAGCGCCCCUGUCCAAGCCCCCCCCACAGAGAUGUCCCGGGGCUUCGUAGAUGAUGAUGAUGAAGACAUAGAGGAGACUUCUGGACAGGAAGUGGAGAAGACCACACUAAUGGUGAAGUCAUCUCGAACAAUUACUCCAGCCUCCAUACGUGACACUUCCCUGCAGGUGUCUUCAGGACAGAAAGGAGAGCAAGGUGAGCCAGGUCCAUCUGGGCCCCCUGGCCCUCCAGGAACAGCCUCUGAAGGGGAACCGGGACCCCGGGGGCCACAGGGACCAGCGGGGUCCUCAGGCAAACCAGGGGCUUCUGGGAAAGAUGGACAGGCUGGAAGAAAAGGUGAAACUGGUGCCCAAGGAGCCACUGGGAUUCCAGGAUUCCCAGGACUCCAGGGCGACUCUGGUCUUAUUGGAGAGAAGGGUGAUCCUGGUCUGGGACGCCCAGGUCCUCCGGGCCCACCUGGACCUCCAGGUCCAACCAGCAAGUCUUCCAUGUUCCUGCAGGAGGGGUCAGGAGGGUUAAAAGACUUUGACAGUGAUGCAGAGAUUAUGAGGGGGCCUCCAGGGCCACCAGGCGUCCCGGGGCAGCCGGGGCCUCCAGGAGCCCAGUCUGAGAACAUGUUUCCUGGAUCACCCGGGGCCCCUGGGAAAGAUGGGAAGGAUGGACAGAGGGGGGAACCUGGAGUUCCUGGAGUUGAUGGAAAAGAUGGUGAUCCAGGAUCUGCUGGGGAGAAAGGAGGCAAGGGAGAGCCUGGUGUAAACGGGCAACCAGGAACAAAGGGGGAUCAGGGUCCUGCAGGGUUUCCAGGCCAGCCAGGCUCAGAGGGUCCAGAGGGGCAUCCUGGACCCCGGGGGGCACCGGGCCCUCCUGGCCCCCCACAGAGAGGCUAUUCUACGGACUUUGAGGACUUGGAAGGCUCUGGGAUGCAAAGUGGAUUUGGAUCAGCACUUUCCAGAGGCCCAGAGGGUCCUGCAGGUGUUCCUGGAAUUCAAGGACCCAUGGGUAAAGAUGGUUUGGAUGGGGCCGCAGGAAAGCCAGGGGAAAGGGGGGAGAAAGGUGCCACAGGGUCCCCAGGGUUUCCAGGACUGGAUGGAUUUAAAGGGGGAGAGGGCCUGAAGGGGGACAAAGGAGUUCCAGGACAGAAGGGUGAAGCGGGACGAGACGGGCUCAGUAUUCCAGGCCCUCCAGGACCCCCUGGACCCCCAGGACCCCUCAUCAACCUGCAGGAUCUUCAAUUAAACGAUACGGAUGGCACCUUCAACUUCUCAGGGAUUGCUGGUCCUCAGGGUCCAAAGGGGGACGGAGGGUUGCCAGGAGUUCAGGGACCUUCAGGAAUUAAAGGUGAAAGAGGGGAGCCAGGGUUGUUCCUCGCAGCCGACGGAUCGAUGUCGUCGAGCCUGGCUGCUGCACCAGGAGUCAAGGGUGAUCAUGGUUUACCUGGACCUGUUGGAAUUCAAGGCCCGAACGGACCUUCAGGACCAAAGGGAGAGUUUGGUUUUCCUGGAAGACCUGGUCGUCCAGGCACGAUGGGGCUUAAAGGAGAGAGGGGGGACGUUGCAGGCCUGCCGGGACUUCCGGGCCCUGCAGGGCUGCCGGGCCUCCCAGGAAUAUUCAACUGCCCCAAAGGAACCGUGUUCCCCCUCCCCCCAAGACCCCACUGCAAACAGACUCUUAAUCCCGAUGGAACUGUUGCAGUAGGUAACUGUCAGACGGGAUACAAAGGGGAUAGGGGAGAGAGCGGUCUUCCUGGGCUGCCGGCACCACAAAGCUCAUUUCCUUCAAGGGGAGGCUGGGGCUCAAGUGGUGACCAGGGCCUUAAGGGAGAGAAGGGAGACGGGGGGGAGGGAGGGUUCUCCGGAACACCAGGCACCCCCGGGAGAACCGGACCUGUGGGCCCCAAAGGAGAGUCUGUGAUCGGACCCCGGGGCCCCCCCGGGUUGCCGGGUUUACCGGGGUACCCCGGCUAUGGCAGACCAGGACCGAUGGGCCCUGCUGGACCCCCAGGGCCUCCGGGACCCUCUGGGACCCCCUUAAGUUACGACUCAGGUACAAUUCAUUCACCUUUGACUGUUGCUGGCCCCCCCGGACCUCCUGGACCUCCUGGACCUUCGGGUAGCUCUUCAUCUAUGAAGACAUUUACGUCCUUUGAGAGCAUGAUGCAGCACACGGUCAGAGACGCAGAGGGAACCAUGGCCUACGUCACGUCAACAGGAAGUCUCUUCAUCAAAGUCUCUCAGGGCUGGAAAGAGAUCCAGCUUGGCAGUCUGAUCCACCUCUCCAAUAACAUUAUCCCUCAAGACGAGCCUCGCAUUGCAUAUCAGAUAAGAGGAGAGGCGAUGGAAAGAAUACGUUCCGUUAAUGAAAGGCUGACCCUGGUGGCUCUGAACCAGCCUCACUCGGGUCACAUGACGGGGCUAAACACGGCCGACCGCCUGUGCUACGAGCAAGCCAAGGCCAUGGGUCUGGCUCCAAACUACCGCGCCUUCAUUUCCUCCAACAGGCAGGACCUGGUUCUCGUGGUCGAUCGCGGGUUCAGGGAGAAUCUGCCCGUCACCAACCUCAGGGGAGAUGUGAUGUUUAGGAACUGGCAAGAAAUCUUCACAGGCGACGGGGGGCCGCUGGAUGCCAGAAUACCCCUCUACUCCUUCGACGGUCGGGACGUUAUAGCUGAUCCUUUCUGGCCUCAGAAGAGCAUGUGGCACGGCUCCAGCAGCAGGGGUCUCCGGGUGGUGGACAAACACUGCGAGACGUGGCGGGCAGACCACAUGUCCGUCAUGGGGCAGUCCUCCAGCCUGACCUCAGGUCUGCUCCUGGGCCAGCAGACCAGGAGCUGCUCCAACCAAUACAUCGUUCUGUGCAUCGAGACUCACAAAACCCUUUAAACAAACUCCUUUUGUGGAAAGAUCCAAAUUUGUGUCUGUUUAAAAAAACAUCCCCACAUGUUAUCUCCUUAUUUUCAACCCGGUGGCACAUAAUGUAAAACAGCAGCAGUAGCUGUACUUAUUCAUGACGAAAAGGAAAAUUGCUAACAUCCCGAGAAGCACGGUAAAGCUUUAUUUAUGUUGAAAUGAUUCCCACGGCACCUUUAACUUCAACGUCACUUUACGACUUGUGAAUCAAACAUAAAGUAACAUAAGCAGAAUUCCCCCCCCCCCCCCCAUAGUCACUGAGGUGUGUCGAGGAGAAUAUUGUUAGUCUCUUUGUUCAGCAAGAGACUGAAGACGUGCAGCGGCCGCAGGAUUCUGCACCUGUCCGGGAAAAAACGUUUGAACAAAUGAUCCAUUUCCAAAGACUUUUGUGAUGGAAGCAUAAAUGGCUUCUUUGACUGGUUCCAUCACUUAGAGCACACAGCAGUGUUGCCACCAAAGUCCUGUUUUGAUGCACUGUACUUUAUUUUAUCUAGUUUAACAUGUUCAUCUUUGAACGUUUUGUUUGUGUCGUAGCUUUUCAUCCAUCUCACACCUUAGCAGCUUUUCCUCUCAAUAGGCUAUUUAAUUUAAAAUCAAUGAUUUAUUUAUGCUGUCACAAAACAUGAAAUCAGAUGAGUCCAUUUAAGAAUGUAAUUUAUCGUUUGUUGUUUGUCAAAUGACUGUAUCUUCUAACUCUUUGCCUUUUUUUCUAUUUUUUGUACAUUUUUUUAUGUUUUUAGUUUUCUGCACAAUGUCAAACAAAUGCCAUCUAGUGUCGGGAUACAAUUGAAACGAGUUUAAUAAUUUCAUACUAAAAAAAAGAAGACUAACAAAAUGUUUUUUAAGGGAGAAAAUCACAUGUGUUUGUAUAAAUAUUGGUUCUUUGUUAAAUAAAGUUUUCUUUUCAUAA